AUGAUCUAUGAGCUGGAGAUGCCUUACUUCCUGCAGCUGCAGCCUGGCGGUUUCAGGUACCGUAUCCACGUGUGGAUCGACGAGGCGGCCGAGUCGACGCGUGUCGACUACAACGAUGGCCAGCAGCAGUCCCUGUUCAUCAAGGCGACCGGCCCCAGCUCGGGGCCCCUGGCCGCCCCCGCGCUGCCGGACCUGUCCGCUGCCGGCUGGGUCAGCGCGGGGCCGUCCGUGGUUGCUGGCCGCGCGGCGACGCUGUGGCAGCGGAGGGACGUGAAAGGGCAGAAGGUCAGCAGCUACGCUUUCUACGUGGCGGCGGAUGACGGGGCGCCGCUGAGGCUGCACGCGGUCGGGACGGACAUCCUUGAGGGUUCGCAUUACGACGAGUACUCUUUCACGUUCCACUCUUUCGCACGCGGCCCCAUCCACCCCAAGAUCUUCAGCGUCCCCUCCAUCUGCAACGACACCGCCGACGAUGACGCCUCCGCCAACACGGACAGCCAAAAUGCCGAGGAGGCGGCGGCCGCCGCCCUGGUGCUCCCUGGCGCACUGCCCGACGCCGACCGCGUGCACUACAGUGCCUUCGCCGCCGCAUUUGGCCGCGCCCACGACACCGCCGCCCAGCUCGCCGCCCGCCUCGCCGCGUUCUCCGCGAGCAAGGCCAAGGUUGCCACCCACAACGCAGGGGUCGCCGCCGGCGGCCCUGGGGCUCCCAAGCACACGCUGGCGCUGACCCACCUCGCUGACUACACCCCCGACGAGCUCGAGCGCUACGCCACUCCCAGGAAGUGGAACAGGCGCCAUGGCCGCAUCAACCUGGACAGCCCUAGGAAGCCGGUUGGCAGCUUCAAGGCCACCAUGACAAAGGAGCAGCUUCCCAGAUUUUUUGACUGGAGGGGCACUCCUGCGGAUGUGGCGGUCAAGGACCAGGCUCAGUGCGGCAGCUGCUGGGCGUUCUCCGCUACAGGCAGCCUGGAGGGCGCGUGGUACACCCACACGGGGCAGUCGCGGUCCUUCAGCGAGCAGCAGCUCAUCGACUGCGCCUGGGACGAGGGCGGCCACGGCUGCGACGGCGGGGACGUCCGCAGCGCGUUCGACUACGUCACCGCCGCCGGCGGCGCCGCUACCACCGCCGCGUACCCAUACGCCGGGCUGGUCGGCCUCUGCAGGGACAACACAACAGCCAAGGAGGGCAUAUUCGACGGCUUCGUGCGCGUUGACCAGGACGACGAGUCAGUCAUGGAGGCUCUCAUGCGUCACGGCCCCCUGGCAAUCGGCAUCGACGCUGACUACGACUUUGGCCUGUACAGCGAGGGGGUUUACUACGAGCACCGCUGCACCACGCGCCCCAGCCGCCUGAACCACGCGGUGGUGCUGGUGGGCUGGGGGGAGCGGGAGGGGGAGGGCUACUGGAUCGUGCGCAACACAUGGAGCUCACUCUGGGGCCAGGACGGAUACAUCCUGAUGGCCAGGGGCGGCAACGACUGCGGUGUGGCGAGCGACGCCGUGUUUGCCAAAGUAGCCGACAAGUUCGUUGUCCCCGGGGCCCAGGACAGCGCCAUGGCGCUGGGCAUCGCGCGCGGCAGGGCGCUGCAGGAGCAAGAGGAGAGAAGGGAGGAGGCGCGGAGGGCGCGGGCAGAAGGACCCGAGCGAAGCUGA